CUUCAAAUCGUUUCGGCUUCUGCAUCGUCGUACGAGGUCUGAGGGCGACGUGUCCCACAUGGUUUCCUCUCCACCAUCGUCGAUUGGGUCAUCUUGCUCAAUGGGAUUCCGAAAGAUCCAAGACGUCAGGCCUACAUCAUCUAGCAUAAUCAACGGUUCAGCGGCUCCAGUGUUUGUAUCCCUUGAGGCUUCCCUACCUUCAUUCGAUCCUGCUCAGCUUUAUCAACCGCGGCUAACUCGUCCCCUGGACAUGCACACUGGUAGCUGCAUUCACCAGCCUGAAAGCGAUGCUUGCCGCCUUCGUCAGGCCAAUUCCGAACUCGCAGCCGACCUUGCCGAUGUCACCAACGAUCUUUCGCGGACCCGCAACGAGCUCUAUACUGAGAUGACCAAACUUGCCCGCUUCCAGCACCAGCUUGCGCGUGGUAUGGACCACAUCCAGAAGCUUGAAUCCAGAUUUCAGCGCCUCGCUGGCCUUCUCGUCGAUAUUGGCAUUCCGUACUUCACCGUUCAGCGGAUCUCUGAUGCGCUGGAUUCUGAUCUCGGCACCGCAGAUCAUAUCUUGGUCGAUGCUAUAGGUGACGCUGUCCGCGACCCAGAAGCGCUACUCUCAAGCUUGAAGCCCGCGGUCAUUAGUCACCCUGUCCUAGAACAGUAUCAAUCUGCGCUGCACAUGACUCUCAGCGUGCGGCGCAAAGUCCGUGCGCAAAAGAAGGUCUCCAAGUUCUGGAAACGCCUCGCUCAGGAAGAUGUCCGCUAUACAGACACUGUCACCCCCCCUCUCACUCCUGCCCGUCAACACGCUGUGGACUCCCUCAUUGCUCGUAGGCGAGAGGCAAAUGCAGGCUCUGCUAGAUAUGUAUUUGGUGGGACUUCUGUGCAAGGUGGUUUGGUUAUACCUGUUUCUACCUCUGACGUUGCAUCUACGGCGAGCUCUGCAUCUGGAUCGACUGUUCAGUUGCAACAUACUCCGCCCUCGAGAGCACGUUUUUCGAUAUAUGAGCUACGUCGGCGCUCGACCCCCGUGGUUUUGGGUGACAUUGAUCUCAACGUUUCCCAAUCAUCGGAUGGACCUCCAGGAGCGGAGCCUGAAUCAGAGGAUCCAGAACAGGAUGGAUCUGACGACCAGAAUGCACGCCCGACGGUAACUCUCAGCCAGGACCUCAUUCAGAAUUUGAAUCGCGUCGCUCUUGGACGCGGACACCGUCGUAAUUCCUCGGCCGUUUCAAGGUCAAGUAUUCCAUCCCGCCUCUCCGAUUCCACACCCGCGUUUCCCUCUCUUAGCGCCUCGCUGGGCAUACCCACAACCGUUUCUGGCCUUAGCUCCGACGCGCCGUUCGACAAUUCCGCAUUCCAUAGUCUGCUUUAUGGUGUCAGCAGCACUCCGACGGACUCAGACAGGCGCAAAAGUUCCAAUACGCUUGUAAGCGCCAGGAGGAACUCGCGCUUCCUCGAGCAUAUCAACGAGUACUCGACCGGAUCCCUUGCUAUCCUUGGUUCUGCGGAUUCUUUGGGAUUGAUGAACUCCACUGGCUCACUUACCGUACUCAACACUACGGCUUCCACCACUACGAGGUCUCCUGGACUCUUCGGCACCAGUGGGGAAAGCAAGGACUCGCUGUUCAUGUCUACUCAGACGCCCACAACAGGACCUACCACGCCGAGUAAGACACCACCUACAGGAAGUAGUACACCCUCAUCUAGUGGGAGCAAGCUGCCCGUAUGGAGACACUUGCAUAGUCCUGAUGCUAGUCCUGACGCCUUCAAGGCUGCCAUACGCAACCCUGGGGGAAUCAUGAAGCGGUUGUCGCCGAGCCCUGAGAGCUUCGUACGAAAGCUUCGGAACUUGGGUUCUCGUGAUGGGAGCGAGAAUGCGAGUCCCGAGAAGCCGUCUGGGAUUCCUAUUAUGCAGCGUAGGAUGACGAUCAGGGGGCGAGUGAGGAAGUGAGUGGAUGUGUCAGUGGUGGAAUUCAUCGACUGCUACUAUUUUUUCUUCUCCUUGUUUGUUGUAAAGACUUGGAGGCCAUCUCAUUUUUCCUUUCUUCGAUACAUCGAGCUCGUAAGCAAUUGGUGAUCUGGAAUUAAGUUUGAGUUAGUGUCAUGUAUACCUGCUUCUAAACUGAUGGAAGGUCGAGG